AUAUUUUCGAAUGUUGCUUGAUUCCUUUACUAACACAAAACUAGACAGUCAAAAGCUUUUCAUACAAUAAAUCUAAGUAUCUAAAUUCUGUGAUAGUGGAAUUUCAGCUAUUUUAAAGUUAUACUUUGAAAUUAUUCUGCCGGAAUUAUGUCUAUGGAGGUUGAUGAAGUUGCAAAAAAUGUUUUGGCAGCAUCUGGCACAACUGGAAGUGUCUCGGUUUCUUUGCACCCCCUGGUUAUUAUGAAUGUUUCAGAACAUUGGACUCGUGUUAAAGCUCAAGAAGGGGCUGCACAACAAGUUAUUGGAGCACUGAUUGGGAAGCAAAAAGGAAGAAACCUUGAAAUAGAGAAUUCCUUUGAGUUGGUCUUUGAUAAAAUUGAAGGAGAUGUUAUAAUUGAUAAGGAUUACUAUACAACAAAAGAACAACAAUUCAAACAAGUAUUCAGUGACCUAGAUUUUCUUGGUUGGUAUACAACAGGAGAUUCAGUAAAUGAAUCUGACAUAAAGGUUCACAAACAGAUCUGUGAAAUAAAUGAAAGUCCAGUGUUUUUAAAGUUAAAUCCUGUAGGAAGGCACACUGAAUUGCCUGUUGUAAUGUAUGAAUCUGUUAUUGAUCUUGUUAAUGGAGAGGCUACCAUGCUUUUUGUUGAAUUGUCUUAUACACUUGCUACAGAAGAGGCUGAGCGUAUUGGCUUGGAUCACAUGGCUAGAAUGUCCACAAAUGAGUCUGGUGAAAGUUCAUUAGUUGCUGAACAAUUGCAAGCUCAACACAGUGCCAUUAAAAUGUUGCACAGUAGAGUACAUUUAAUUUUAGAUUAUGUAAGAGCUGUAAAGGAUGGUAGAGCAGCUCCUAAUCAUGAGAUAUUAAGAGAAGCAUAUAGUUUAUGUCAUAGAUUACCUGUUGUUUCAUCAGAUUUUUUUAAAGAAGAAUAUUUUAAUCAAUGCAAUGAUGUUGGGCUUAUGACUUACCUUGGAACACUUACAAAGGGGUGUAACACUAUUAACCAGUUUGUUAACAAAUUUAACAUUUUGUACGACAGACAAGGCAUGGGUAGAAGAAUGAAAGGAUUUUUUUUCUAACUUAGCAAGACUGUAAAAUUGUAUUGUCCAUGUAAAUUUUCUAGCGUCAAGAGAAACAUUUUGUAAAUAAACAUUCUCUGCAGUGCUUUUGUUUUGA